AUGCUCGGCCCUGGUGCGGCAGUCCAACUUCCAGUACCUAAUUUUUCCGGAAAGUAUACAGAUUGGCCAGCUUUCCAUGAUCCGUUUAUGCAACUCAUUCACCAGAACCAGGCGUUGUCAAAUAUUCAGCGAUUCCAUUUCCUCAAGCAAGCACUACCUAAAGAGCAGGACCAAGAUGUACACCAAAUGGAACUAACGGAUGGCGCCUACACAAUCGCAUGGGAUCUCAUCAUCAAACGCUAUGAUAGCCCCCGUUUACAAUUCAUGCACCACAUGAACGCUCUCUACGACUUACCCUUUAUCUCAAGGGAAAGCUCAUCAGAGAUCAAACAUAUGCUGAACGUAACCAACGUAUGCAUCAACGAGUUCAAUCGUCUCAAAACGAAUAUCCAUUCUAGCACGCAAUGGAUAGUCCAUCAUUUGAUCGCUAGAUUACCUACGACAACUGUACAAGCCUGGGAGCAUUGCUUGGGAAACUCCAGCGACAUUCCGAGUUUCCUCGACUUGGAAACCUUCCUCAACACUCGCCUCGUCAGCAUGAACAUCAUUGAGAACCGGAAAUGUUCACAGCCCACGCACAACUCUACGAUCAACAAAUCGACAAAUUAUGCACGCCAAAAUCCCACGCAAAAGGGUUCCGGCUUCUACAAGGGCAGCAUGUUCCACACCACGACUGGAACCAGCGGUCCCAUCUCUUGCGUACACUGUAAGGGGCAACACAUUUUGCGGCGGUGUCCUGAUUUUUUGUCCAAGGAUUGCUUUGCCCGCAAACGAAUCAUUGACCAUACAAAGGCAUGUCUAAAUUGCCUCAGCAUCCAUCAUCCCUUGUCGCAGUGUGGCAGUAACAAGAAUUGUUUAAAAUGCGGACAGCGUCACCAUACCCUGCUUCACUUCCCCACGACGUAUACCAGCCCAUCACCGAUUAUUCAGAACGCAGCAAGCGAGAGCUCCGAUCUUGCUUAUCCUUCCGAUUCCACUACAGUGCUGAUGGCCACUGCCGCGCAGUCAACUCGAUCCAUUUUGCUGGCCACAGCUCUAGUACAACUACAUAAUAACAGCACCGGACAAACUGCCGUUAUUCGAGCCUUGAUCGAUCAUGGCUCUGAGGGCACGUUAAUCACAGAACGUGCCGCUCAGUUGCUGGGACUUCCACGUCACCGAGUCACAGCACAGAUCACCGGGGUCGGUGAUAACUCAAAGAACAUCUGUAGAUUUAGUACAGAGUUCUCCGUAAGCUCAUGUACGGACCCUCAAUUUCACCAUCUGGUGCGACCAGCGUAUGUCCUCAACUCGAUAACCUCUCAUUUACCAAGAAGCAAUGUCAACGUGGACACUUGUCAGCAUCUUCAGGGAUUACACUUGGCCGUGUAA